AUGAUGAAAUCUUCAAUCAUAUUUCUCUCCAUUCUAAUCUUCUCGACAACCUCAAACGCAUCAAACCAAAACGAGAAUCUCUCUGUCUACGAAAUCCUUGAGCAAUACGAUUUCCCAGUUGGUAUUCUUCCACAAGGUGCCACAAGCUACGAGCUAAACAAAAACACAGGCAAGUUUUCUGUGUAUUUUGAAGGAACCUGCAUCUUCGGUAUAAAAUCUUACGAUCUCAAGUACAAAUCCACUAUCAAGGGAUUUAUCUCCAAGGGUAAACUCAGUAAAUUGAAAGGUAUUAGUGUUAAAGUUGAACUCAUAUGGCUUAAAAUUGUGGAGGUGACUCGUCAUGGUGAUGAUCUUGAGUUUUCUGUUGGUAUUGUUUCUGCUGAAUUUAGUGUUGAUAACUUCUUAGAGAUUCCUCGGUGUGGGUGUGGUUUUGAUUGCCAUGGUUUGAAAAGUGAUGGUAAUUUUUCUUCUAUUUAG